CCGAUUUUCCCCUCAAUUUCUCCUUAUUUUCACUUUUGUUUGUCGAUCUGUAAGUGUUGUUCAUCGACUCGAUUGGCGAUUUCGCGUUUUCGCCGCGAAAAUUAGGGUUUAAACUAGGGUUUGUGAUUCAUCCUAGUUAGAGUUUGCCCAUCAUGGAGUACUACAAUAUGUCCACCCGUCGGGUUUCAUAUGAUGUAUUGGAUAUCUGUCUCAAGGACAUCCUUUCUACGAUCAAACCCUCAAGUGAUGAUGAAAGAAAACGAAUGCACGCCAUCAGUGAGCUUGAAACUUGCAUUAGAUCUAUUGUGAUCUUGAAAGGUGCUGCUGUGAAGCCCUUUGGAUCUUUUGUGUCAAACCUCUAUACUAGGUGGGGAGAUUUGGAUAUUUCCAUUGAACUUCCAGAUAGCUCACAGACACCAUUAAGUAGAAAAGGAAAACAGCAUGUUCUACGGAAUAUAAUGAGAGCUUUGCAAAGAACAGGUGUUGCUCAUAGUCUUCAAUUUAUACCCCUUGCGAGAGUUCCUCUGCUCAUAUGCAAAAGCACCUAUGAUGGUAUUUCUUGUGAUAUUUCUGUUAAUAACCGCGCUGGUCGAGUUAAAUCCAAAAUCCUCCAUUGGAUCUCUGACAUAGACACCCGCUUUCGUGACAUGGUUCUAUUGACUAAAGAAUGGGCAAAAGCACAAGACAUUAAUGACCCGAAGUCGGGGACAUUGAAUUCGUACUCACUCUGUUUGCUAGUUAUCUUCCAUUUCCAGACAUGUGAGCCUCCCAUCUUGCCACCUCUUAAGAAAAUAUAUGAAGGGAACGCUGUUGAUGAUAUUAGGGGAUUCGAGUAUAUUACUGAGAGACAUAUUGCGGAUAUUUGUGCUGCAAACAUAAGACGAUAUAAGUCACAAUAUCCCAUACAAAGAAACCGAAGCUCUCUUUCUGAACUUCUCAUGUCUUUCUUCGAUAAGUUCUCCCAAAUUGGAACUUUAUCUCUGGAAUAUGCGAUCUCCACUUAUACAGGCGGGUGGCAGAGAAUUAACCGCAAUCCAGUUUUGCUGGGACAACUUCCUAGUAUUAUGAUUGAAGAUCCUUUCGAGCGGCCAGAAAAUGCUGCGAGAUCGGUUGGGUUUCUAGGCAAAAUAUCAGAUGCAUUCAGGGAUGCAUAUCACAAACUCUCCUCUCGGUCCAUGCUCUCGAAUCGCAACGCCUUGCUUGCACUUUUAACCAGACCUAGCAUAAGCACACAACUUAACGCAAGAGCACCGGAAAGAUCCACACCCAAGCAAAUCAAUCAUCAACAUUACAGGCACACUGGUACUGCAAAUCGGUUUAAAAACUCGGAGCAAAUUCAUGAGCGAUUCCGCAGUGCAUUGAGACUGGAGCAACAGGGGCCGUCUUCAUCAACAGCUGGCUAUCGAGAGGAGCGACGGAAGUCAAGAGUGAAUAAUUAUCGAGGCCAAGGUUAUGAAAUAGGGUAUUGUGGAGUUGCAUUUGCAGAUGACCUUUGAUGCGGUUUUGGGAGUACCAUCCUUCUUAUUUUGACUUGCCAUCUACACCCUCAAUCACAAAUUGCAGACCGAACUUGAAAAGGUUCAAAUAGAUUAUAUAAACUUCGUAAUUGUUUUGUUCAACCACACAGCUCUGAACUUUGUUUAUUUUUCUACAAAUCUUCAAUCACAUGAAAGUCAUAUAAUUCAAAUGCUUCUCUUUCAGCUGAAUUCUUAUAUAAUUUUAGAGAUAUUCCCGAGUCAUUUGGCUUUCAUAGGAUUGAAGAUUAUUAAGAAAAAUUAUCAAAAUGCAGAGUUAGAUGGUUGGUUGAACAAAUUACAAAGUUUAUAUCGUUUUAUUUUAACUGUUCAUUAAUCGGGCUGCAAUCUGUAAUUGAUCUACCGUCUUGAGGUUUGGCAUACCUUUCGUAAUUAUAUUUUAAGCUUCAACUUGUGUGGCGAUUCUAUUUGGUUGGGUAGUUUUAGAGUCGUACUCGGAUGGUGAUUUUGAACAGUUGUAAUGUGACUGCUUUUAGUAUCGUAAUGCAGGUGGUUUACCGUGUAAAUAAGGUCUAGUUUGGAAUAGUUAUGUUCAAAUGUACCAUUUUGUGCUUGGAAAAGUAAACAUUUUAAAAAAUAAAAAUCUACGAGUAUUUUUGAGUC